CAGAUCGAGUGCCGUGGUCGUUUGGUAGUUGAAGAGAAAAGUUUCGAAAUGCGUAUGAAAGUUCCAGAAGUGAGAAGAUGCUGCUGUUGUUUGCCUUUACGGCAUGGCAUCGUUGUGUUUGGAUUAAUUAAUAUUAUAUUCUCACUGGCUGCAGUAACAUGUCUAGUUAUAAGGACUGAGCUGAAGAAGUCCCAGUUACUGGAUGGCUCAUCGCUAGAGGUGGUGACAUCGACUAUAUUGUUCAGUAUCUUUGGUAUGAGUGUUAUACUGAACAUUAUGCUACUCUUUGCUGCUUGUCAGAAAGACAUCUUGAUGCUGCGAUUAUACUUGUACUACGGGGUGGUCACCACACUGGCUGCGCUAGUUCCCACCUUCGUACUGCUGUCCAGGAGGAUGGUAUUCGAUGUCUGCGUCGCUCUGUUUGCUAUAUGUAUGCAGUGGUAUGUCAUCAUCCUAGUUCGUAGUGCGAUCGUGAAGUUAGAACAAGCGAGUGUGAGCUCAGAAGAAACCAGCACAGUACAUGAAGUUGCCAUUGAUGUUCCUGAUAGGGAUACUUUACUUUAAAAUAUAUUUAUUGCAUGUCAUGUUAUUUUAACAAUUUGUAUUCAUGUAGAUGUUGUGAAAUAGCAUAAAGUAAUGAAAUAGGCUGUUAUUGUUGAAAAACUAAAUAAACUAUAAAAUCAUU